AUGGCGGACGCUAGGGAAGCGCGCAGGGCGAAGAUCCUGGAAGAGGAUGGGAUGAAGCAGCUGGGGGAUGGAUCGGAAAACAAACUCAAAGUGGAGCUGGAUCCGAUGGCAAAUGACCCGUCCGAUGACAUCGUAGCCAGAAUGAACAAUGAUGAGAUUGUUGCAUCCCUCUUGCAGAAGGAGGCUAAGAAUUCUAUCAAGAACGACUCGAAAGAACAAGAGAGCGAAGAAGUGAUAGAAGAGGUCUUCACUGCUGGUGCAAGAAAGCGCAUGGAGGAGGAGAAGCAAGAGCAGGAACGAGAGCGAGAGGGGCUCCACAAAUCCUAUCGAAAAUUCCGAUUCGAUCUUACCCAUGGCAAGGUUUUGGUUGUGCUUGUUCGCGCAAUGUUGCUUGUUUGGUAUGGAUACUCCAUGGUUGGAGAAUCAAACAAUGUUCUUCUCAACUUCGUAGUCUCUCAUGUCGCUUUAUUGAUUUUUGUCAACUUCAUCGUCAGUCCAAGUCCUGUUCGGGGGACCGAGUCGCCAGCGACGUACUAUUUGCUUGUUUCGAUGGAAAUAUUCUUGAGGAUUAAGGACGUAAUCAUUGCGCUCGUGCAAGACUGCAGCCUGCUCAUAUGCGUAGUGGUGCUAGUGGCUGGGAUGCAAGGGCAGACAGCCACACAUGCAUACAAGACACACAUAGAGCUUUGA